AUGUCCAGUCAGUCCCAGCCGCCAUCCGAGUCUGAUGAACAUUACAUUAGAAAUAUGCGCGCUGUACGCCAGAAUCAUCUAAGUAUGCCUGACCACAAUGAAUUUGUCGCUGCUGCGAUAUCGAGACGGAACACAACACAACUAUCUAGUACGAUGCAGGUUGAGAUCCAGUCGCCUCCAUACCUACUGUAUGAUGAGAAUGUUGACACUCCGUCAACAUAUAUUGUCCAAAGUGCUCACGAUAUAUAUUUCCAUCAGCCAACAGCAGAGGACUUUUCCCGACAACAUCAUCCACUGCCACCACCGCCAGUGGAAGUAUACGACAUCGAUCAAAAUCUCCCAGUAAUCGAGCCAGACUCAUACCUAGAAAUGGAUGAGCUUGAACAGCCUAUUAAAGGUCCUGGUGAUUCCCGACCUUGUAACACAGAUGCAGAUACUCCCACGCAUCCUUCCACUCCGUCUCCGCCCGAGCCAUCAUUCUCACAUUACAACGGCCGCGUACAAUCCAUCGACAGCGACAUGUAUCAGCCAGCUCUAGGCGGCCUACACAAGAUCUCGAACAUUUCACGCAAAAUCUCGAAGUGCAAUGGAAUCAAAAACGCGGUCAGCAGGCUAAACCCUUUCAAGCGCCAGCGACGGUUUCGGAGUGCGACAAAGCGAUAA